GAUAGCAGCCCGGCACGGAGAGGCGCGUUACCGCGGCUGAUAAUAACCGCCUCACGGCCCCCUCCGGUCUCCUGUGCGGCAGGAGCAGACACGCCCCGUGUGUGAACACGUCUCUCCUCGCCUCAGGAGCUGCCUGGUGACCGGUGAACUCCAUUUCCCGGCAUGCCCCGCGCGUCUCCACCUUAGUCAGCUGACUGCACAGAGGAGUGUGGACACAGAUGCAGCCUGCCCGGUGACCGGCUCCAGUCCCGACAGGACACUACAAGUCCCAGCAUACCCUGCCAGCUGCAGGACAAACAGCUGCUGCUGCUACGAGAUUUCAUCUUUUUUUUUAUUCACUUCCUCAAUCUGAUAAACCUUGGAAAAAAUGACUCCGGAGCAGAAGAAACUGUUAAACAUCUUCAUCCUGGGCUUUGCCUUCAUGUUUAUGUUCACCGCCUUCCAGACAUGCGGCAACGUAGCGCAAACUGUGAUCUCCAGCCUAAAUACUACCGACUUCCACGGCAGCGGUUAUACCAGCAUGGCCAUUAUCUAUGGCGUGUUCUCUGCCUCCAAUCUGAUAGCGCCGUCCGUGGUGGCAUUGAUCGGUACUCAGUUGUCCAUGUUCCUGAGCGGGAUAUUUUACAGUGCUUAUAUCGCCAUGUUCAUCCAGCCGUACACUUGGUCGUUUUACACGUUGUCCGUUUUAAUUGGGAUUGCCGCUGCCGUUCUUUGGACUGCGCAGGGGACGUGUUUGACUGUGAAUUCCGAUGACAAGUCCAUUGGCAGGAACAGUGGCAUUUUCUGGGCACUGCUGCAGUUCAGUAUGCUUUUUGGAAACCUCUAUAUCUACAUUGCUUGGAAAGGAGAGAUCAUUAUAUCAGAAAGAGACCGCCGGACGGUAUUCAUCGCUCUGACUGUGAUCAGCCUAGUCGGGGCAGUCCUGUUUUUUCUGAUCAGAACGCCAAAGCCAAAUGUAUCACAUCUGAAUGAAGAGGAUGAUGGAGGCUCCGAUGUCCUGGAGGGAAGCUCGUCUUCACAAAGCUAUAUGAAUAAAGCCCUGGAUGCCUUCACAAAAUCUAUGAGGCUGUCUAUAAGCAAAGAAAUGUUGCUGCUGAGCGUAUCAAUGGCAUAUACAGGUUUUGAGCUCACCUUUUAUUCAGGUGUCUUUGGCACAUGCAUAGGAUCCAUCAACUCGUUUGGAGCCGACGCCAAGAGCCUCAUUGGACUAUCAGGAAUAUUUGUUGGACUCGGAGAGGUUUUAGGUGGAGCAGUCUUCGGAUUGCUCAGUAAGAACAGUCGUUUUGGAAGAAAUCCAGUGUUUCUCCUGGGCCUCGUGGUUCAUUUUUUGGCCUUUUACCUGAUAUUCCUCAGCGUUCCAAAUGAUGCCCCUGUUGCCUCCCGUGAUGGAACAUACAGUCGUGCUUUUGUAGACCCAAGCAAAGCCCUGGCCAUGUUCUGCAGCUUUCUGCUGGGCUUAGGAGAUAGCUGUUUCAACACCCAGCUCCUCAGCAUCUUGGGGACCUUGUAUGCAGACGACAGUGCACCUGCUUUUGCAAUCUUCAAAUUUGUACAGUCCAUCAGCGCAGCUGUCGCCUUCUUCUACAGCAACUACCUCCUCCUGCAGUGGCAGCUGUUAGUCAUGGUGAUCUUUGGAUUCUUUGGCACCAUCUCCUUUUUCUUCGUGGAAUGGGCAGUGGUCAGUUUGGACCCUCAGGAGACUCGCUAUGGCAGCAUUUGAUGAUGAGAUUCCUGUUCCACAGCCGCUGUUUCAGAGGGUGCCAGAGGUUAUGAUUCGAAACACUGAGAUCUGCGCUGGCCGCAGGGCAUUCCCUGGAGCCGGUGUAAAAAUUUGGGACAACUUGACCACAAUGCACUUUCUCCCAAGUGACAUUUGGGGCAAAUAAAAGGCGGUGCUUGUUAGACACUGCCAGGACAAUAGCUGCUAAAUUCCUUGGCUCGCUGUCUUCUGCACUAAUUACAGUUGCAUGACAAUUACAGGAUCUGGACGGUUCACUAGACAUGGUGAUUACAAUUCUCUAGCCGCUGAAUGCGAUUCACUUCUUCACACUCCCAGCGCUUUUAUGUUGUGCCGUUUUAAUUAUUUUUAUUUUUUUUUGGUUGCGGUUUUUAAGAAUUACACCUAAAGUUUCUACUGUGGGGAUCAUAAUGGGUCUACAAGUCAUUGUGCACAGAAAUCAUCGCCGGUUUUACAUUUUUCAUGGUGCCAUAUGAGCAUUGCUACGUAAGCGCUCAUCACCUUUAAAGAGCAUUUUACUCCUUCACUUUUCCUCUGACCCCUGAAAAAUGCUAUGGCAUAUAGAUAUAGGGGCCUGAAAGGUUGCCUUCUGUAGCCUGAGGGGGGCCCUACUGCCACAUGGUAUCAAAAGUGCUCAAGGUACAUUCUGGAUUUGCCACACUUUUGCAACAUAUGGCAUUUUGACCCAUCCACAUUUUACUGUGGAAAAUCAAGCAUGUCAGUUGUGUCAGAUUUUUUUUUGCUGAUUUUUCACGGCUUAUUUCACCCCAUCUCUGCGAGAUCCACAGAAAAAAAAUUCGGACACGUGUGUGUGCACCUGACAGAUUGGACAUUUUGCUGAGGAGCUUCAGUUUACGCCUCUGCAUUUUUAAAGGGUCACUGAGCUUUCUAAAACUUUUGAUGUCAUAUCAAAGGUUUGAUCGGUGGAAGGUCUGAUUCUGAGACCCCCACCGAUCGCUAGAAAGAGGAGAGAGACGCGCUCGCAUAGCUCUCUGUUGCUGGAAGGAAUGGGCUCAAUAGAAAGUUUAUGGGUCUGUCUUAAUUCUGUCUCCUGCAGCGAGGAGAGAAUGCUAUGUGAGGACUUCUCUCUUCUCGGUCUAGCGAUCAGUGGCCGUCUCAUCACUCGGACCCCCACCGAUCAAAACCUUUGACAUAUUUAUUAUGACAUAUAUCAAAAGUUUUUGAAAGCUCAGUGAACCUUUAAAAAUGCAGAGGUGUAAACUGAAGCUCCUCAGCCCAAUGCAAAAUAGGUUAGGUCCACACACAGGCCAGAAUUUUUGUCUUUUGUGGAUCUCACAACAGAGCCCUAUAAAUUGAAGGGGUGAACCUGGGAAAUCUGAGUGACGACUCAUGUCUGAGCUGUAAUACAUUGGUUAUCACUUGUGUUUCCCAGAAUCGUCGGACUGAAGUGAAUGAUCACCAACUUGACGGACGAGGACAUAUAAGAUCCAUGUUUACUGGUGUUAUUUUAUAUGUAAAUGUUCUUUAAAGGAGCACUCCAAGCAAAGCAGUGUGUAAUGCCUAAUACAUUGCCUGGGGGGGGAGUGCAUUCUUAGGACACCACAGGAAGUCAUGCCCUGCCCCUCUCUCAGGCCGGCACUGGGCAUUACCCUUUGGGGCAGACAAAAUGUAGAUGCCAUAAACAUAGACUGUCUAGAGACGUGCCAGAUUUAUAGCAGUGGCUCAGGCCAGAUGAUAAAUUUGCUGUGUGACUAGACACUGUUGUAUGACUUUGCGUUACCUGUUGGCUUACUUUGUGCCAAAAUUUUGCCAAAUGUUGUUGCAUCUUAAGCCACAACCCAUUUGUCAAGCUGGACACCCGAAACGGGUGCGGUGGUUUAUUCUUUUAGGUGCAUUUGCUUCAUAACUAGGUCUUUAACUUUACAUUAUCUUGCAAAUUUUAGGGCAUUUUACAAGAUCUUGGCUAAGUCACAUUCUUAAAUUUUCCCCGCUUUGCCUGGAGCAUUCCUUAAAAUUUUUUCAUUUUUAGACAUAGUACAAUAUUAGUGAUGGUAGCCACAGGUUCAGUCUUAUGUAUGCACUCAGGUCUUUUUAAACUGAAGAGGUUUUCGCGUUGUUUCCAUAGUUGAGCUGUGGGUGACUCCAGGCUCCGGUGGCCAGUGGCAUGGUGACAACAGUAGGCACAGCAGAAAAAGUUGCAUUUUUUUCUGUUCCUUCUCCAGCCAUUUUACAAUUGUUUUCCUCUUGCCUAUAUUCCUUGCUGGAGGCGGUUCAUUUGAAAGCCACGUCAGAUCCAUGACAUUGCUUAUCUCCCAUCCGUGCCAUGGGCAAAAUAUAGAAAACCGCUCAACACCUGAGGAGAUAAAUCGUGAUGCUCUUGAAGCUAAAGCCAUCAUCUCCGGGACGUGACAGGGAAGAGAGACUUGGUAAUAGCUAUUGAUACCAUCUACAGAUGAAUUAUGUAUGAAUCUGGAUUCAAUCAGAUUCUCCUCUGACAUCUUGAUCACAAUUGGAAAAAAAAUUAAAAGCUAUUUUUAUUUAC